CAGCUUGCUUCCCUGCACAGAGCUCUACAUAUGUAGCGUGGAUUAGGGUUUGAGCUGUCCAGAAAAACUUUAGGAAUGCAAAUGAUUUUCUCCAAGUUGCAAAGAGCGCCCUGUGCUUUCAUUCUGGCCCUGGAAUCAUCCACUUGAAAUCCAUCCUGCGGCUCUCCUGUCCCUCUGCUCGUGCAAGUUGAAUCGCUGCAUUUGAAAGCUUGCAACGACGCCAGAUUGGAUACGUGCCAGGGGGCAGUGGCUAAGAAGGUUCAGGGCAAUGCUGUGAUGGGUCCUAAAAGGUGGCAUGGCCUGCUGAUAUCCUGUAGAUAAUAGCGACGGCAGCAUGACAUCAGCAGCUCGGGCGCCAGGAGCGGGCACCGGUCAGAGCACUCUCACCCUUCUGAUGCAGAAGAAGGAGAAGCUGGAAGAUGAGCUGCGAGGGGUGGAGAAGCAGGUGUAUGACCUGGAGACUACCUACCUUGAUACUUCAAGCUCGACCGGCAACGUACUCAAGGGGUUUGAUGGCUUCCUGUCAAACUCCAAAUCGGUCAGCAAGCGGUCAAGGGGCUUCAAAGUGGAGGACCGGUUGUUCUCGCUGUCGUCAAUAACUUCUCCCGCAGUACAAGAGCUUGAGGCCGCAAGAGAAGAGAGUAAGCUCGAGCAGAUAGAAAAGGGGCAGCGACCGAAAGGCUUAUUGCCGGGGAGUGGAACUGCCAAGGGCCGAAAACCGGGCCCCAAACCGGGGACGCACCACAACAAGCGUCCGAAGCACCAGAUGUCCGCGCCCUCGCCGCAGCUGUCCGAAAGCGGGCCGCCGAUCCCGUACGACGAGAACGACGUCGAGACGUACCUCCAAUGAAGCCGCCUUGAAGGACGCAAUGGUCAUUUUUGUCGAGGAAUUCUAGAAGGCCUGCUUCGGGCCGAGAGGCUAGUUGUUUGCAGUCCAGGCCAUGUUCAGAUUGUCUCGGUAACACUGAUCGCAAGGAUGAUUACAAUGUGGUCUGGUAUUCAACCAGCACUCCGGUAUCAAAAAAUGGGGAGUGUCUCGGCUUUUGAUUUGAUGUAAGAUCUUUAGUAGAAUUCAUCAAAGUGGAGACGCCAUGGCCGUCAUUAUGAAGCCUCGGCUUCCCA